UAUGCUUUAUUCAUUGGGUUUAUGCAUAUAUCUAAAUAAACGUUUAUUUAGAUAUAUGGGUUUAUGUCAAUUUAUGUAGCCUCGCAGUCUGGCACACCAUUUAUGUUGCUGUCUAGUGUCUUGGAGUUGGCGGCACUGAAACAUUUCUAAUCUGACAUUCUUGGGUCUUGCAUUUAGGUAUUAAAACCCAAAAAGCAUAUCUUUCGUAAAUUUUAUGCGUUUUAUUUUCAUUUUUGGCAGUUCCGUUUAAGUAUGUAAAACGUAAUGAAUUCCGAAGUCGAAGAGAAUAUUAGAAAAAAUAUACCAUGGACUCAGCUACCUGCACACAUCAAACAACUGCUGGGAAAUUCGCCUAAAGAAUAUGGAAAGACUGUGGUUGCAUUCAGUAUUAAAAACCAACUUCGCUAUCGAGGAAACUUGGUUCGACAAAUACUAAAAGAUGAGAAGAGGUAUUAUGAGAGAGUUAUUGCGUAUAGUCGGGAAAGGCUUAUGCUAUUUCCAUAUCACCUGGCAGAUAUGGUCGUUAAGGGACUUAGAAUAACUCCCUUUAAUUACUACGUUUCUGUGGUUGAACGGUUAAUGCAAGCUGAGAAGAGUUAUGAUACCCUACCUAACUUUACAGCGGCCGAUUGUUUAAGACUGCUCGGAAUAGGAAGAAAUGAAUACAUAGAUAUAAUGAAUCAGUCACGAAGCAACCGAGGGCGAUUAUUUGGUAAACGUAACGUGAAAGGGCUGCUUCCUAAAGUUCCUUGCGAUAUUCACAUCGAACCAUGGUGGAGAGUAGAAAUAGGAAUGGUACUUGAGGAUGAUGUUAAAUUAGUGACUAGUGAAGAAUUAGAAGUGAUUGAUAAAUUAAUUGAUUAUGGUUCGCAUACCGCUGGCGUUCUGAACUUUCAUAUAGUACUCAGCCUAUACAAGAAAGGAUUAGUGUAUCUGGAUGUACCUGUUACAGCUAUGGAUCGAAUUCAAGUUCCACCACUGCAAGGUUUUGUCAUGAAUAGAGUGUUGGGGGAUUAUUUUGAAACAUUAUUGUAUAAAAUAUUUGUUUCAAUUGACGAACAUAUGACAAUAGGUGAAUUAGCCAAUGUUUUGCAAGUAGAAACUGAUUUAGUGAAACACGCCGUAUCUCUGUACAGUAGAUUAAGUUUUGCUCGUAAAUUGGGGGCCGAAACUGAGAAUGACAAAUCUAUUCGUCAUCCUUCAUGGACUACCGUUCCCGCUAUUCGUACACAAAAAAUGGAGAUUACGCCUUUAACGUUAAAUUUAAAUCAAGAAAAUUAUAUUGAUCUCGCUACAGACCUGCAAUCACCCAGAAGUGAAACUCCCGAAAGUCCUUCAAAUAACACACUGCCGAAAAGUGGACAAAGGAUCGCCUUUCUUUUUGAUUCCACUUUAACAGCGUUCCUUAUGAUGGGAAAUCUAUCCCCUGGUCUGAAAAAACAUGCAGUAACAAUGUUCGAGGUUGGAAAAUUAAGUGACGAAAGUUUAGACAGUUUUCUCUCCGAAUUAGAAAAGGUGUCCGUGCUUGAUGCGGAAGGCGAGGGCGAAGCACGGCGAUAUUUUGAUCACGCUGUAAUUUUACGGUCGACGGUAAUGGCAUUGCGAAAGUUACCAAGUGCAGGUCUUGAUUUAGUUCGUCUUGAAAGCCUACAUUCCUUAGAUGAAGCAACUUACACAAGGUUGCUCCAGAAAAAAUAUAAGCUAUUAGUUUCAAUGGCACCACUCAGCAGAGAAGUGCGACCUGUUUCACUACUAUCUCCUCCACAUUUGGGACCACCUGUACCUGAAGUAAAUUCAAUAUGGUUUAAAAUGUUUCUCUAUCAUAUGACUGGAUAUGGACCACCUUCACUACUGCUAGUCAAAGGUACCCAAUUGAAGCAAUUACCUCGAAUGUUUUUGGGUUUUUCAAAGUUCUUGGUAAUGGCUUGGUUACACGAACCCGCCGUUCUUCCUGUAGCAAAUAUCAUGUAUGUAAAUGCGGCUUUACAGUACUCGCCAGUGCUACUGCAAGCGUACGGAGUGCAUCAAUCUGCUCAAGUUCACAUUAAACCAUUCCCGUUUGAAAAAGAUACAAACAUUAUGUGCCAUGGCGAAGGUGUCCACGCAAUUCCGUGGGCUAAACAUCCAGCUGUACAACGAUUGUCUGGUCUUGUGGAUCUAGAACAAAAUUGUGGGUAUCUAACCUUCGUUAAUAUUGGGGUGAGAGAUCUAGGAUGUCCGAACAGGGACCCCAUCGUCCGCCUAGGACGGCAGAAAGUAAACCCUAAUAAUCCUGGGGUGGCAAAAUUGCAUAAAAGCAAUGUAAAAAAAGCAUCAGAACCAACAACGUUCGCAAACGAAAAUUUUAGCUUUACAAAUCGCUCUAACGAAAUAAAUCAAAAUGAAAUUGUAACUGACAACCCGGAAAAGCAACUACAAUCACCCGUCGAGUCUCAUUUCGCGGUUACACCCGUUCAUAGCAGUGAAAGAUCGUCUCCUGCAAAUGGAUUUAUGCACCAAGAUUCGACAGAACUCUUAAAGGAGGAAUUAGAUUUGUUGGAUAAAGAUACGAUUCUUUCUCAAGAGGUCAAAGAAAAACCAUUAAAUCAAAGUAUACAAAGCCUCUACUCGUUUGAGACUCUUUUAAGUCCAACAGAUGAAAAUAUUAGUAUGUUUUCGAGGCAGGGUGAUUCUGACCCACCAAGUAAUAAAGCAACUGAUGAGAAUAGCGUAAAUAAGCCGGUUGAAGAAGAAGCAAAUGGUGAGAUGUGGACUUUGUUGGACUGCCACUUUGGAAUACCGUUAUUUGAUGCAGAUGCCAAUACGAAAAUAUGUGAUGCCAUUGUCUCAGGAGGAUUAUGUCACUCUUCUAGUCUCACACACUUAACCGAAUCUAGUCGAAUGCUGGGAACAUCUUUGUUAGAAUUUAUCUCUCAAUGUCAGUAUUAUCCAGGUGAAAACAUGGGCAUAAUAAAACGUGGCAGGCUCACCCCUCUUCCCAGGCACAAUUUAAUGUUUGACAAUGGCAGAGUUUGUGAAUGGGGUGGAAAAUAAUAGAGAAGACAAGAAUAUUUAUAUUUUCCAUACUUAUAGCUACAGUCAGUAUUUACAAAUUGUUUUAUGUAGGUUAUUUUAAUUUUAAAAUGUUGUUAUAUUUUAAUUAUGUUAAAUAUUGUAUAUAUUGUAUAUUUCAAUGUAGAUAAGUAAGCUAAAAUAGAUGAUUCUUAUACUGAA